CUUCUUUCUCUCAUCGAUGAUUCCCAUAAGCAUUUUAGCGCCUUGAAAUUGUUCCACAUAUUGCAGCGUGCUUUGGUGAUGUUCUUAUCGCAGCUUCCAUGGCGUCCCCGGCUUCUCGCAAGAGAGUAAAGCCUAGCCCCCAAUCGCCUGAUGUCACUUCGCCCAACAGCAAAGGCUCCAAUUCAGGGAGAAGCUCAUGGUAUCCAAGCGUCUGGCCAUCAAAAGCGGCCCCCAUUACCGAGGUAGCCCGUGAGAGCAUCUCGAUGGGCAAACACACUCCGUCCGACGCCGCGUCUGAGUCAACAAUCCCACUCUAUUCACCAAAGCAACAACGGAAUCCUUCUCUUCAGCUUACCAAAAGAGCAGGCGGGUUGACAAGAUCUUUACCCGCUAGUGCUACAACAACCCGCAUCAACAUUGCUUCUGAUGGUUCCACAUCGGGCCCGGCAGAGGAGCAACCGGACCCCACGUCGUCAGGAAAGACCGCCGAUACAGAUGAUAAAGAGAUAUCGAAGGAUACAAGCGCGAUAAAAGCAGCUAACUCAGAAGAUCAUCAGUCGGACCCAACAGGCGAGCCUGCGGUCUCGAGCAACCUGGAUGCGGCGGUAACUCAACCUGCUGGGUGGCUCUCCUGGGUAUACGCUCCAUUCGUAUAUAAUAAGACCACAGCAAGCUAUUCGACCGCGGAAACAACAACGGAACAAACGGCAGAACCUGAAAUCCCUGCAGCGGACCAUUCGUCGAAUCAAGACAACGAGUCUGCGCCUUCAGAGCCAAGCCCGGAACAAGACAAACCUUCUGAAGUUACAGAAAUCACGUCAACAUCGCAGAAACGCUCCUGGCUUCAGAUGUGGUACGGCUCAUCCCCGACUAAAGGGCCGAAGGCAUUCAAGGAUGAAGCCUCUUGCAAUGCCCAGGAACAACACCCUCCUGCCCCCGUUGCGUCAUCAAGGUCGGACGAAGACACUGAAAGGACGAGAACGGAGGGCGGCACUGAUACUCCGAAGAGUACAAAUACAAGUACCAAGCCAUCUGCCUGGUCUUUCUUCUUCAGAGACUCUGCGCAAGAAAGAACCCAAGAAGCGCAGGCGACUGAAACUACCAUAAUUCAGGAUCCACUUGCUGAACAGUCGACAAGUGUGUCCGACUCCAAAGCGGGACGCAAGACAGAAGUCAUCAAUAAAGGAAAUGUGAAGGUUAAUGCUCCUCUAAGCGGCCCGCCAUUGCCGGACAAUGUUGUGUCAAAAUCAGCGGGUGCCCCGGAGGCUCUAGUCCCAGCCGCCCCUGAAGCUUCCAAACAAUUACAGAAGAUCAUUCCAAACCAAGUACUCCCCAAAUUCAGGGAUACAUUUGCCUUGCAGGAUAGACCGACGCUGCUCCAAUCGCUGGGUCGAUUUCUCCACUACAGCAAGGAACCCAGUAACAAACAUGUCUACAAACUCGCUUAUCCUCAACGCAUCAAAAAGGCGCUCGCAAUAGGAAUUCAUGGUUACUUUCCUGCUCCCUUAAUACGGAGCGUCCUUGGUCAGCCCACAGGCACAUCCGUCAGAUUUUCGACUCUGGCUGCCGAAGCUAUACGCAAAUAUACAGAUGAUCAAGGCUACACUUGCGAGAUACAGAAAAUAGCUUUAGAAGGCGAGGGAAGGAUUGCCGAGCGGGUGGACCUACUCUGGAAACUACUCCUCAACUGGAUGGAAGAAAUCAGGAGCGCUGACUUCAUUCUGGUCGCGUGUCAUAGUCAGGGCGUUCCAGUGGGAAUCAUGCUGGUCGCUAAGCUAAUACUGUUCGGCUGUAUCAAUGCGAACCGAGUAGGAGUCUGCGCGAUGGCUGGUGUAAACCUCGGGCCGUUCGCUGAUUACAAGUCUCGGUGGAUUAGCGGAUCUGCUGGGGAGCUGUUCGAAUUCGCCUUGCCUUACAGCAAGGUCUCUAAAGAUUACGAGUCUGCCUUGAGGACGUGUAUAGACUUUGGGGUACGAAUUUCUUAUAUCGGAAGUAUCGACGAUCAACUCGUCUCUCUGGAGUCAUCCCUGUUCUCCCCAGUAUCCCACCCAUACAUCUACCGCGCAGCCUUUGUUGACGGAAGAGUCCAUGCUCCAAGUUUUGUAUCUCACCUAGUCGGAUUUGCCCUCAAACUCCGCAAUCUCGGCAUCUCAGAUCACGGCCUAAUUCGAGAACUAAGUUCUCCCUUGGCGGGCAGCCUCUACACUGGAGAAGGCCACUCUAGACUCUACGACGAGGAGGCCGUAUAUCGACUCGCCAUCGAGUUCGCCCUCGAAACGUCCCCUGUCUCCAAUGCACCCCUCCACAUCAAACGGAGCUACCCGCCACCAGUACCAAAUCCUUAUAUUCUCCCGUUUGCCAUGCGUGGUCUCCUGGAAGAAGAAUAUGUGCGGCACGAGCUAUACAAUGAGACCAUGGAACUCCUGAAACAGUUUGAUGAGUGGAAGCCGACAAAGUUUGGGUCUCAUUUGGCUGUCUUUGACCUUCUGCGAUAG